AGAAACUCGAAAGCGCGUUCCGCAUCCACAAUUCUUCUCAUUUGGUUAUAUAAUGCGCUUGCGCGACAUCUCCCUCGACCUGCGAUUUUCCUGGGUUACGAUUGUCUUUGUCCGGUCGCCAUGUCGUUGGACUAUUUUGCCGGUGAUGGGAUUCCUGCGUCGAAUGCAACGAACCAGAACGAAUUAAACGACAACGACAGCAAGAGCAUCAGCAGCGAUCAUGACAGCCAGCCGUUAGAAGUCGUAUUUGAAGAAGACAGCAUUCGCCGACGAAGAUCUUCUCUCGUACCGUCUGCACCCUCUCGACCAGGGCAUCACCGCACCAAAACGCAAUGCUUCGUGCACACCCUCAUCGAGAAACACGAUGGCAUCGCGUUCAAAGACCACAAUGCCUCCUAUGAAGGACUUUCGCAGGAACGUCGUGUAGAUAAGGAUCCGUUCGACCAUGCCGAGCAAUCACACCACUCGCGGCUCCUCACCAAGAAGCAAAUCUCCGAUAUGGCAUUCGGCAUCAGGGAGCUUUCCAAGAAGCUGUCACAGAUCAGGCUUAUGCUGAAUGUGCGGAACAUCUUUAUCCUGGCCAAGGCGCAUGACGAGACGCUGAUCAAGCACGCGAGGGAGACAACGGAUUGGCUCUUGACAAAGGACGAGAAGUACAAGGUCUAUGUGGAACAGACUUUGGAGAAGAACAAACUUUUUGACGCCGAUGGUCUUUUGAAGAACAACCCAGGUUAUCAAGGCAGGCUGCGAUUCUGGACAAAUGAGCUCUGCGCUGAGAGGCCUCAGACUUUUGACAUUGUACUGGCACUGGGGGGUGAUGGAACGGUGCUAUACGCGUCAUGGCUCUUUCAACGCAUUGUUCCACCUGUACUAGCCUUCUCCAUGGGUUCCCUUGGUUUCCUUACCAAGUUCGAUUAUGAACAGUACCCGCAGACCCUCUCACGCGUCUUUAACGAAGGUAUAACAGUGAGCCUUCGCCUCCGGUUCGAAGCAACCAUAAUGCGCUCUCAGACACGCGAGAACACGAAUCGCGACCUCGUCGAAGAGCUCAUAGGAGAGGAAAACGAAGACAACCAUACGCACAAACCAGAUGGGACACACAACAUCCUAAACGAAGUCGUCGUCGACCGAGGCCCCAACCCAACCAUGUCCUCGAUCGAGCUUUUCGGCGACGACGAGCACUUCACCACCGUCCAAGCUGAUGGCGUCUGCAUAUCAACACCCACAGGCUCGACGGCGUACAACCUAGCAGCCGGUGGGUCGCUCUGUCACCCAGACAACCCCGUAAUUUUGGUCACAGCCAUUUGCGCGCAUACCCUUUCGUUCCGCCCCAUUAUCCUCCCCGACACGAUCGUGUUGAGGGCGGGCGUGCCGUAUGAUGCGCGUACCAGCAGUUGGGCGAGUUUUGAUGGCCGCGAGAGAGUAGAGUUAAAACCAGGUGAUUACGUGACGAUUAGCGCGAGCCGGUUCCCGUUCCCUAGUGUGUUACCGUUGGACCGGAGGAGUAAGGAUUGGAUUGAUAGUAUCAGCCGGACGCUGCAGUGGAAUAGUCGGCAAAGGCAGAAGGAGUUCAAGGAGUGGACUUCGUAGUGGUGGUCGAUU